AUGGAUACAGAAAAGACCACCGUCAAUGGGGCGACGUCGCCUCAAAGACAAGUAUUCUUCUUCGACAUUGACAAUUGUCUUUACCCAAGAAGCGCAAAGGUGCAGGAUCUCAUGGCCGAACUCAUCGACAGGUACUUUGUCACACACCUCUCUCUCCCAUGGGAGGACGCCGUACGGCUACACAAGGAGUACUACCAGAACUACGGUCUGGCCAUCGAGGGUCUGGUAAGGCACCACCAGAUUGACCCCCUGGAUUACAACGCCAAGGUCGACGACGCGCUUCCGCUCGACGGCAUCAUCAAGCCUCGGCCCGAGCUCAAGAAGCUUCUGGCCGACAUUGACAGGAGCAAGGUCAAGCUAUGGCUUCUGACAAAUGCAUACUUGAAUCAUGCCAAGCGGGUCGUCCGACUGCUUGAGGUGGAAGAAUUCUUUGAGGGCGUCACAUAUUGCGACUACAGCUCUAUUCCGCUGGUCUGCAAACCACAAACGGACAUGUACCACAAGGCGAUGCGGCAGGCCGGGGUGGAGAAGUAUGAAGACUGCUUCUUUGUUGAUGACUCAUACCAAAACUGCAAAAAAGCACAGGAGCUCGGCUGGACGGUGGCCCACCUUGUUGAGGAUGACAUCCAACCCCCCAAGACUCCAGCCUGCAAAUACCAGAUUCGACACCUGAACGACUUGCGGACGACGUUCCCCCAGUUCUUCAAGACCGACAGCCCCGAGACGAGCUGA